CAAGGCGCAGUGCAGACGAAUUCUGUUUAAGUGGUUUUGGUCACCAAAAAUGAUAUGAAAAUGUUUAAGAUAGUGCGGUGAUGCCAGCAUGUGGACCAGUGUCUCACCUAACAAGAAGAAAAAUCUUUCUUUGUGGAGCUGUAUCACUGAUCACACCAAAGUAGUUCUGAUCUUGCUCCUUGCUGUACUCAUAGGUGUGUCAGGCAUACCAGACAGCGCUGGGACUGAUUUCAUGGUGAUGUUCACUGAAAACAGAGUGAACGAUCAACCCUUCCCAUAUAAUACAUCCAAUAUGACAUUAUAUAUAACCCCAAUCGAUGGAACCAAGGCUGUAACAUUCAGCGUUUAUUACAUACUUCAAAAUGAUUUGAUAAACAUCACACGGACGAUACCGGCAGGACCCAAUACAGCCGCGUCUGUGUUGCUACCCUCAGACUUAGAGGUGAGGACUAGUGGAGUGAUAUCGAACUGCGGGAUCCGUGUAGUGACUUCCGAAAAGAUUUGUCUUUCUGCUAUCAACAGGAAAGGCCAUUCUUCCGACGGUUUUACAGCAAUUCCAGUUUCAAAACUAGGCAAGCGGCACUAUUCUGUCUCUUACUCCCGACCCCGUGUCUCAACACAGAUGGGUUUGGUCGCUGUGGAGUAUGACACGACCGUGACCAUCACUGUUCAAAGAUAUGCCAAACUGACUUUUAAUAGCAUCUCAUAUUCAGGUGAUCAGACGUUCAGUUUUACACUGAACGCCUUUCAAACCGUCUUGUUUGAUGAUGAGGUUUCGAUGUCUGAUUUGUCUGGAACGCUCAUCGUUUCCUCCAAGCCAAUUGGCGUUUUUAGUGGAAAUAAAAGGACUAAUGUUGGCUACGGAAGAUUAACGGAAGACCAUUUGGUAGAGCAACUGCCUUCUGUAGAAUACUGGGGGACUGAAUUCAUCGCAGUAUCAACGCCCCUCCGCACCAGUGGAGAUAUCAUUAAACUUGUCCUCAGUGAACCCAAAACAAUGGUAAUGUGGUACGAACAUUCAACUACCUCAUCCAUAACUUUACCUUUAGCUGGUAAUUCAAGAGAAUUUUAUUUGAGUUCUCGUAUAGUUAAGGAUAUAAUGAUCAUUUCAAACAAACCCAUAAUGGUUGCCCAGAUUAUUCUUAGCAACAAUGAUAGAUACCCUGAGCCGGGGGAUACUUCCCUUACCAUUCUCCCUCCCCUUUCUCAAUACACCAACGCCUACAACUACGUCGUCCCUCGAAUGACAGACCCGACAGAUUUAAGCGAACCCAACAAGGGACCUUUCUUUUACUUUUUGACUAUCAUCAUCGAGGACCAAUACAAAGAUGGUCUGCGGUUGAAUGGUAGUGUUAUUCCCGGACUUUUGUGGCAUUCUAUACCUAUCGUCCAAGGGAAGCCCAGAAUGGUGGCCGUGUCCUUUGAAAUUCAACAGAACAACAUGAGAUACACACUAACGAAUGUCAACCCGACCGCGAUGUUCAGUGUCCUUCUGUACGGGGCUGGGGACAGGGAAAGUUACAAUUACCCUCUAGGAUUUAACCUCAAUGUGCUGAACCCGCCUGCUCCAGAGGUGUGCAGUAGUCAAGCAGUUGAUCGCCAAUGCAUUAUCAAUGGCAAUAACUUUUGUCAAGGCACACCCUUUGACAAUCAGGGUUAUGGUUUUGUGCUGAUGUUCAGUGAGCACUACACUCAGGUGGGAAACCCAUACAAUCCCUUCCUGGUCAUUACUAAUGCUGAAACAGAAAAUGUACAGGUGAAUGUGAUAACGCCACGCUGGAGCAGCCCAAGUGUAAAUGAGCAAUUCACGUUGGCCACUGGUCAGUAUCGUACCGUGAGUAUUCCACAAGAGCUCCGCAUGCAGCAGUCAACUCUCUCCACCAAGGCCAUCUUGGUCCAGUCAAGUGGGGAGGUAGUUGUCCAGGGUGUGAAUUCUGAAGAACACUCUACGGGCAUGUUUCUUGCUCUUCCAAUUGAUGCUGUUGGCAGUGAGUAUUAUGCAGUGUGUUACAGUCCUGCUUUCCUUCAUUGCCAGUUUGGUAUUGCUGCAAUACAAGAUGGAACAGAGGUCUCGAUAUCUUUACCUUCUCCACUGCCUUCUGGUCAAAUUGUGCAGGUGACUUUUCAGGGCACAACAUACUAUAGUGGACAAACAAUCCGCCUGACCCUCAGUGCCUAUGACACUGUUCAAAUACAGGCUGCUCACGACCUGACUGGCUCUCAUGUCAUAACCAACAAACCUGUGAGCUUCUUCAGUGGGAACAGGCAUACAAACAUAGACCGAGGGUUAGGUGGACAAACAAAAGAUCACACUGUAGAAAUGCUCCCACCAGUAUCUGCCUGGGGUAAAGAGUUCAUCACUUUCCAAAUUCCAGACGGGACAGUAUCUAAUCCUGGGAACAAUUUCAGAGCUGUGGUUCCCAGAUUCAGUCAAACACCACAACUCGACCUGACAGUGGGCUCCAACCACAUAUACCCAGCAGUGCCCAAUGGGUUUUCUUAUGCCCAGUUCCUGGUUGGCCAAGGAAGCCAAAACACUUAUGCCUAUCUGUCAUCAAACACUCCAAUAAUGUUAGCUGAAUUCAUUGUCAGUAUGAUAGGUACCAGUGAGGUAGCCGGUCCUUCUAUGAUUUAUCUGCCACCUAUUUCAUUGUACAGGAAUGAAUACACAUUCACUGCCUUGGAAAGAUCUCUCAGCACAAACAAGGUUUUUGUGAACACAGUUAUUAUUGUCAGUCCUUUGUCAGGUCGUGGUGACAUCACAUUGGAUGGGAAUGCCUUACCAGCAAUUACCUGGACCAAUGUCGAUGCAGGGGGUGUCAUGUACAGUGCCGGCUUCUUUACUGUCAGCGCUGGCUUUCACAAACUGAGUCAUCCCAAAGCGAACCAUUAUUUUGGUGCAGUGCUGUAUGGAAUUGUUUUGAAUGAUACAGUAGCCUCAGAAUCCUAUGCUACUGCUAUUGGCAUGAGGCUGUCCAGGAUUAAUGAACCUUGUGGAUGCAGUGUCCAAGCCCAAUUUCAAGCAGCUGGCAUAGACAAUGAUUGUGAUGGACGGGUUGAUGAGGAAGACUGCAGUGAUGCAAAUACAGAUGAAGAUGGUGAUGGAAGACAGAAUGAGGAUUGUGCAAAAGUGGAUGGCCAGUGGUCUCAGUGGUUAAACUGGGGCACCUGCUCAGUAAGCUGUGGGGGUGGCAGUAGGAGUAGGACCAGGUCCUGUAGUGAUCCAGUACCAGCAUUUGGUGGCAGCCCGUGCCCAGGAUCACCUCCAGACACACAGACUGAUACGGGGUCCUGCAAUACUAAUGGCUGUCCAGUUGAUGGUGGCUAUUCAGACUGGAGUCCUUGGAGCACGUGUGCAGUCACAUGUGGUGGUGGUCAGCAGACCAGGCAGAGGACAUGUACCAAUCCAGCUCCUCAGUUUGGAGGUGCUAGUUGCUCUGGACCCACAUCAGAAUCUCACACUUGUAACAGUCAGCAAUGUCCAGAGUGUGAAUUCCCAUUUAUUCCAAAUGUUGUUGAAGAACGGGACGGGAAUAUGACAGGAACCAAUAUCACCUACACCUGCCUGCCUGGGUACAAAGUGGUCUCUGGGGACACGACCAGGAUCUGUCUAAUCAACAGAACCUGGAGUGGCUCACCGCCUGUCUGUGGAUAUGGAGGGAGCUGGUUGGCCUGGGGAGCCUGGGGUGAUUGUUCUGCGCUGUGUGGGACAGGAACCACAUCCAGAAACCGUACCUGUCAUGACCCAAAUGUGCCCAGUGAACAGGCCCUGUGUACAGGUGGCGCCACCAACUCAACCCAGACAGCGACCUGCUUGGAUCAAAUUUGCCCACAUUGCAGCACAAUGAACUGCCUAGGGCUGUGUAUAGUGAGAGAUCUACACUCCUACUGUGUCUGCCCUCACAGUGUGGAAGACAAAGUUGGCACAGUUGAACACUCAGCGCUCUACAUAACACAGAGGUGUACUGGUCAGUGUAAGCUGUCUGACCCUGGAGCCAAGGUGUCCCUAGAGGCUGUGUGUUAUCACUGUGACUCCAUGGACUACCUAUGGGACCUCAACCCAGUGAACACCACAGUACAGGGACUGGACUGGAGCCAGGACACCACCACUGAGAGAACAGAGAGAGGACUGAGUAUUAAACCAGGUGUUCUUAUACCUGGGGAGCUCUACCAGGUCACAACACAUGGUACAAGUCAGUCUGCUGGUACAGUGCUGUCUACAUCAUGUGUCAUACAAAUGGGGACCAGCCCUAGUCCAGGAAUAUGCACAGUUUCUCCUUCCACUGGCUUUGAGAUUGUCACCAAUUUCUCAGUGAAUUGCUCUGGGUUCAUUGACAGCACCAGUCAACUCCACUACAACUACCAUUUUUGGGACGGAGAUCCUGCUACCAAGAAUCAAUCAGGUGUCCUGUUAGGCAGCAGUUCUGGUGGUUAUAUCCACAUCUCUGCUCUGUCUGUGUCCCCAGCCAGUGAGAACAGUCAGGGGGAGGUCCGUGUGCAUGUUGUCAAUGAAGAUGGUAUGAAGACUGUGGUGACUUCCACUGUCCAGGUCCGUCCAUUAAGUGACAAUCCUGAUUUUGUAGACAGUGAUGUUGGUACCUUUCUAGAGGAGAUAACAGGGGAUAGGAACGGUUUCUUGUGGACUGCUGUGAGGGAGGGCGACCAGACAGCUGUUCUACAGCUGGUUGAAGCCAUCAGUUCCUUGCUGAAUUCUGGGACAGAGAAUUUACCUGACUCAAAAAGACGGGAACAGAUACGCAGUGAUAUGAUGGAGGCAGUGGGUAAUUUAACUAUUGACAGCCUAUCUACUGCCCAUCAAGCAGCAGAGACGCUGGCCAAACUCACAGAACACACCACAGAGAUUACUGCUCACUCACAGACUUCAGGCAUGGACACAGUGGAGAGGGUAUCCCAGGUGUUGAGCAGUGGACAGACAAAUGCCACUUUUACUGAAGUAGAGGACACUGCAACUAUGAUUCUACAAUCCACCUCUAACCUGUUGAAUGCAACCAUGGAGGAGUCGAGAGAAGUGAAUAUCACCAACAUGACACAACUUGAGGAGGUCAAAGUGCAAAAGACCAGAUACAUAGCAAAUAAAGCACUUAGUGUCAUCAGCACUAUCUCAGACACUGUGCUGGCAAAACAGGUGCCAGGAGAGGAGCCCACUGUUAUAGCCACCAAGACUUUCAGUGUCAAGUGUCAAAAAUUAGACCUGGACACAAUGAGUAGUUCCCAGCAGCUGCAGGUGCCCCAGGUCAGCUCAGCAGAAAGGGGGAAUGAUGAGACACCACCAUGUAUGGUCGGCAGCUUUGUCUUACAUUCUGUUCAGGAUAUGCACCGUUAUGGAAAUAAAAAUAUAUCCUCUGCAGUAAAUUUGCAGAUGUUCUACAUGCCAGAGAAUCCAUUCACCUGGGAUGUUUCAGCUCAAGAUGUCACCUCCGGCUGCUUUGGUCUUGAAAUGACUGUAGAUGGCGCUAGGUCCCAGCUCGAAUGGCUGCCAGAACCAGUAGAUAUUUACAUCCCUGUUGGAGAGGCUGACAUGAACUGUGGUAUCACCAUGCUCCAACUUGAAGAAGGAACUAACGGGACCAUGGUGGACGUCAUUUACUUCAAGUUUGAUGCUGAGACCAACAAAUCACAUCAGAUCACCAUCUGGCCAGCAGACAAUAAUGCCACCCUGCAAGUUUACCUAAAAGCCAAUGCCAGGCCCAGCAAAGAAGAGAUCUCAAACAGCACUACAGUUAUCCCUGUUCCCGAGGAGAUGCGUUAUCGUCAUGGCAACCAAAGUGCCAGUGGCUAUGUUUUGUUUGUCCCAGAAAAUGAAACCACUGAGGCAGACACUGUAUAUUACAUGGGAAUCAUUUUAUUUAAUACCAGUGAUUCUGAGAACAGUUUCUCCUCUCAGCACAGCUGUUACUUUACACUGUAUCUGUCAUCACAUGACUGUGUUUUCUGGCAGUUUCUUUAUUCUGCCUAAUGCCAUUGAUAUUGUGGCAGACUCUGCUCUGUUCCUGACUUUACUGGAGAACCCAUUGGUGGUGAGCAUUGUGCUGUGUGUAUGGGGCAUCUACCUGG